AUGGCACAAAGGCAAGAGAAGCGGCGAACUAGGGACGCUAGAAUAAACAAAGUUGAGCGGAGAGCUUCAACGUUAAAGUUUAUUUCCCACUUACCCAGCCGCUCUGUUGGCUUAUCGGGGGAGUUUACUGGGGGGCAGGUGGGAGUCAUCCGCAUCGGCAACGUGGCUUCCGACCUGGGAAUCGUGACGGGCUCCGGAGAGGUGACAUUCAGCCUGGAAUCGGGCUCCGACUAUCUUAAGAUCGAUAACAUGACCGGGGAGCUGAGCACCACGGAGCGGCGCAUCGACCGCGAGAAGCUGCCGCAGUGCCAGAUGAUCUUCGACGAGAACGAGUGCUUCCUGGACUUCGAGGUGUCGGUCAUCGGCCCAUCGCAGAGCUGGGUGGACCUCUUCGAGGGCCGGGUCAUCAUCCUGGACAUCAACGACAACACCCCCACCUUCCCCUCCCCUGCGGACCUGGCGGAGAACAGCAGCCCCGGCACCCCCAUCCUGCAGCUGCGAGCCGCCGACCUGGACGUGGGGGUGAACGGGCAGAUCGAGUACGUCUUCGGGGCGGCCACCGAGUCCGUCAGGCGCCUGCUGAGGCUGGACGAGACCUCCGGCUGGCUCAGCGUCUUGCACCGCAUCGACCGGGAGGAGGUGAACCAGCUUCGCUUCACCGUCAUGGCCCGAGACCGGGGCCAGCCCCCCAAGACAGACAAAGCCACUGUCGUGCUGAACAUCCGUGAUGAGAAUGACAACGUGCCUACCAUCGACAUCCGGAAAAUUGGGCGCAUCCCGCUCCGGGACGGGGUGGCAAGCGUGGCUGAGGAUGUGCUGGUGGAUACCCCAAUUGCCCUGGUACAGGUGUCAGACCGGGACCAAGGUGAAAAUGGGGUGGUGACCUGCACCGUGGUGGGUGACGUGCCCUUCCAACUCAAGCCAGCCAGCGAGGGUGAAGGGGAGCCGCAGAACAAGCGCAAGUAUUUCCUCCAUACUUCAGCCCCUCUGGACUAUGAGGCUGUCCGCGACUACAACGUGGUGAUCGUGGCUGUGGACUCAGGCAGCCCCAGCUUGUCCAGCAACAAUUCCUUGCUGGUGCGGGUUGGGGACACUAACGACAACCCUCCCGUGUUCAGCCAGGCUGUGCUGGAGGUCUCCUUUCCAGAGAACAACUUGCCUGGUGAGAGGGUGGCCACAGUGGUCGCCACAGAUGCAGACAGUGGCAAGAACGCCGAGAUCACUUACUCCCUCGAGGCUUCACCCCUCUCCUCGGAGGCACCAGGUGGCAUCUUCAGCAUCGACCCCGACUCUGGGGAUGUGUCAGUGCAGGCAGUGCUGGACCGUGAGCAACGUGACACCUAUGAGUUCCAGGUGACAGCCCGGGACAAGGGGGUGCCAUCCCUGCAGGGCUCCACUACGGUGGUGGUGAGGGUGGCAGAUCGCAACGACAAUGAGCCACGCUUCAUGCAGGAUGUGUUUACUUUCUAUGUGAAGGAGAACCUGCAGCCCAAUAGCCCAGUAGGCAUGGUGACCGUGAUGGACUUCGACAAGGGCCGCAAUGCAGAGCUCAGCCUCUCCAUCCAGCCUGGUGACCACGACCAGGCAGCUGGCAUCUUCUCCAUCGAGAAUGACACUGGAACCAUUUUCUCCACUGUCUCUUUUGACCGGGAGCAACAGACCAGCUACACUUUUAAGGUGAAGGCAGUGGAUGGAGGUGAGCCACCACGCUCUGCCACGGCCACUGUGUCCCUCUUUGUGAUGGACGAGAAUGACAAUGCGCCCACAGUCACUUUCCCCAGCAACAGCUCCUACACCGUGCUGCCGCCCUCCAGCAACAUGCGCACUGUGGUGGCCACAGUGGUUGCCACUGAUGCUGACACUGGUCUCAACGCCGACCUCAACUACAGCAUCAUUGGGGGAAACCCCUUCAAACUCUUUGAGAUCGACCCGGCCAGUGGCGUGGUGUCACUGGUGGGCAAGCUGGCCCCCAAGCACUAUGGCCUGCACCGCCUCGUGGUGCAGGUGAAUGACAGUGGGCAGCCGCCCCAGUCCACCACUGCCCUGCUCCACGUCUUUGUCAAUGAGAGCCUGUCCAACGCUACUGUGGUGGAGAGCCAGGUGGCCCGCAGCCUCCACACUCCCCUGGCCCAGGACAUCGCCGGUGACCCCAGCUAUGAGCUGAGCAAGCAGCGGCUUAGCAUAGUCAUCGGCGUGGUGGCUGGCAUCAUGACCGUCAUCCUCCUCAUCCUGGUGGUGGUCAUGGCCCGCUACUGCCGCUCCAAAAGCAAACAUGGCUAUGAGGCCGGCAAGAAGGACCACGAGGAUUUCUUCACCCCACAGCAGCAUGACAAGGCCAAGAAGCCAAAGAAGGAUAAGAAAGGCAAGAAGGGCAAGCAGCCCCUCUACAGCAGCAUCGUCACCGUCGAGGCUUCCAAGCCUAAUGGGCAGCGCUAUGACAGCGUCAACGAGAAGCUUUCGGACAGCCCCGGUAUGGGGCGGUACCGCUCGGUUAACGGUGGCCCGGGCAGCCCCUGCCUGGCCAGGCACUACAAGUCGAGCUCACCGCUACCCACCGUCCAGCUGCACCCGCAGUCCCCCACCGCCGGCAAAAAGCACCAGGCCGUGCAGGACCUGCCCCCGGCCAACACUUUCGUGGGCGCCGGCGACAACAUCUCCAUCGGGUCGGACCACUGCUCCGAGUACAGCUGCCAGGCCAGCAGCAAGUACAGCAAGCAGCCAUUUCGUAGAGUGACGUUUUCUGUUGUGAGUCAGCCUCAGGACCCGCAUCAAGGGUCAUUGCAGAGUUGCUAUGACAGCGGUCUGGAGGAGUCAGAAACACCAAGCAGUAAGAGUUCAUCAGGGCCAAGACUGGGUGCCCUUCCACUCCCAGAGGACAACUACGAAAGGACUACGCCGGAUGGCAGUGUUGGUGAGGCAGAGCAUAUGGAAAAUGAUUCAAGGCCUCUACCAGAUGUAGCCCUGACAGGGAAAUGUACCCGAGAAUGUGAUGAAUAUGGCCACUCGGACUCCUGCUGGAUGCCAGUUCGCACUUCUCCUGAAAGAAAGCAGAAGAGCCAGCCAAAACUCUCCACUUUCAUGCCUGUCGAUGAACGGGGCAGUCAGGAAAAGCUGGCCAAUGGAGAAGCCUCCCUCAUGGGUGAUCGCAACAGAAACCUCCUUAACAAAAAGUUGACCUCAUCCUAUGAGACCUUCAGCACGGCUAGUUUCAGCAAAAAUGAAGAAGGCAACCCAGAGGAUAUCCCCCUUACACAGACAGGGGAAUACAAGCCAUCUCCUGUCAAUACUCUAACUAGAAGAGAAGUUUACCUGUAG